CGGCGCACCACCGCCCCCGUCUGGAGAGGAGUGGGAGUCAGACUGCACUACAUUCUCCUCUUUUAGAAACCUGAACGUUUCCGAUGUGCUGUUCGCUCCAGUAGAGUUUUUUUUGGUCUUCACUUCCUCAAACAGUUUCCAAAAUGAAUCCUGAGGGGAAGAAGCUUCUGAACAUCAUCAUCCUCGGCUUCGGCUUCAUGUUUAUGUUCACCGCUUUUCAAACAUGUGGAAACAUAGAGCAAACGGUUCUAAAGAGCUUCAACAGCACCGAGUUCCACGGGAGCGGAUACACAAGCAUGGCCAUCAUCUAUGGAGUUUUCUCUGCGUCCAACCUCAUCGCUCCGUCAGUGGUGACCCUCAUCGGACCACAGCUCUCCAUGUUCUUCAGUGGGCUCCUGUACAGCGGCUACAUCGCUAUGUUCAUUUACCCGUACACGUGGAGCUUCUAUACAGCGUCUGUGUUGGUCGGAGUAGGAGCAGCAGUGCUCUGGACGGCGCAGGGGAACGUGCUCACCAUCAACUCCACUGACAACACCAUGGGAAGGAACAGCGGAAUAUUCUGGGCUCUGCUGCAGUUCAGCUUGUUCUUUGGAAACCUCUACAUUUACUGUGCCUGGCACGGACACGUUCACAUAACAGACAAAGACCGUCAGACGGUUUUCAUCUCUCUGACCGUCAUCAGCCUGGUCGGCUGCUUCCUCUUCUUUCUGAUCCGGAGGCCCGACCCUGAAUCGUCUCCCUCCGAGGCGACGGAGUCGCUGCUGCAGGCCGAGUCCACAGACAGCUCCACAGCUAUCUCCCCUCACUCAGGCCUCUGCUCACAAGCUCUGGAUGCUUUCGUUCAAGCCUGUAAGAUAUUUGUCACCAAAGAGAUGCUGCUGCUGAGCGUCUCCAUCGGAUACACGGGCUUGGAGCUCACUUUCUACAGCGGGGUGUACGGGACGUGUGUCGGCGCCAUGACAGGGUUUGGCAAAGAUGCAAAGAGUCUGAUCGGCAUCUCUGGGAUUUUCAUCGGCAUAGGCGAGAUCUUAGGAGGGGGCGUGUUUGGGAUGCUGAACAAGAGUAACCGGUUUGGGAGGAACCCUGUGGUGCUGCUGGGACUCAUCACUCACUUUGUUGCCUUUUACCUGAUUUUCCUGAACAUCGCGAGCGACGCUCCGCUGGCCCCGGAGGAGGGGACGGAUCUGCAGGCCUACAUCACCCCGAG